AUGGCUCGCAAGCGCAGCCGCGUGGAUCAGCGCACGACGGCGCCGUCACCGCCUCCGCCCUUUUGGACUAAACUUACUCACCGGCAACCGGUGGUCGUAUUCGCCCACGGUGUUGGUGCCCCCUCCUCCUCUGAUUGGAUGACCUACUGGAAGGAGAUGGUGAAAGAUGCCCUAGAUGCCAUUGAAGUAGUAACAUUCGACUAUCCAUAUAUGUCGGGUGGUAAACGGAGGCCUCCCCCGAAGGCAGACAAGCUUGUCGACCAUCAUCUCAGUGCGGUGAAGAAUGCUGUGGCAGAGCAUCCUGGUCACCCGCUUGUUCUUAUGAGGAAGUCUAUGGGUUCAAGGGUCAGCUGCAUGGUAGCUAGCUCCGAUGGUAUCAGUGCUUCUGCGGUCAUAUGCUUGGGUUAUCCAUUGAAGGGAGCGAAAAGGGUAAUGAGGGAUGAGAUACUACUAAAGCUGAUGGUUCCAACAAUGUUUGUGCAGCCAGAUACAGCCGAGGUGGCGCAACAGCGCCCUCCCGAAUUAGCAUCGGCACCCGGAGACCUCCACCUGCGCAUGCCACCUAGCAGCGUAUCAUCGGCAAAUUGGCAAGCUAAUCUCAAUCACCGAAAGCAUCAACCACGAACAACCCUGAAAGAAAGAAAGAAAGAAAGAAAGAGAUCGGUCGGCAACAGCGACCGUGCCGACAUGGAUAAAGUCGCGUCGACGUAA